AUGAAACUGCUAGUAUAUCUUUGCCUUGUUCUUGUUCUUAAUUGUUUGCGUGUUGCAGAAUCUGCAGACACUGAAAAUGCAACAAUUACGGUUCUAGGGGUGACGCAUAUUGCUGAAACAGAAGACAGCUUCGUUUGCGCAACUUUAGAUUGGUGGCCUGAAAAUAAAUGCGAUUAUAAUCAAUGCCCAUGGGGAAAAGCUGGCAUUGGCAAUUUGGAUUUGGGAAACAAGAUCUUGUCAAAUGCUAUUAAAGCAUUCAACCCUCUUAGAAUCAGAAUAGGAGGUUCGAUUCAAGACCAGGUUGUGUACAAAGUGGGAAGAUUUGAGAAGUGCCCUAAAUGCCCCUAUUUUAAGAAGAAAAAAGAUGGUCUCUUCGGAUUUGGCCCUGGUUGCCUGUCAAUGCAAAAAUGGGAUGAGCUCAACAAUUUGUUCCAUAAAACUGGAGCCAAAAUCAUAUUUGGUUUGAACGCUCUGCGUGGGAGGAAGAAGUCCAGUGAUGGCGGCAGCCUGUGGGUCGGUGAUUGGGACCCACAAAAUGCUCGAGAUCUGAUGGCGUAUACUAUUUCAAAGGGAUAUAAGAUCGACUCAUAUGAACUUGGAAACGAGUUGUGUGGAGGUGGAGUCGCAGCAAGAGUAGAGGCUGAGCAGUAUGCCAAGGACACAAUUGCACUCCGACAACUUGUGAAUGAAUUGUACCCGGACCCUAACACAAGGCCAAAAGUCCUAGGACCAGGAGGGUUCUAUGAUAAGAAGUGGUUCGAUACUUAUCUUCAAGCCUCAGGACCGGGCGUCCUCGAUGCGGUAACUCACCAUACAUACAACCUUGGUGCAGGUGUUGAUCCCAAGCUUAUUGAUCGGGUUCAAGAUCCAUUUUAUCUUAGUGAAUGUGCUCAAACAUAUAAGGAUGCUUCAAAUUCGGUUAAAGAGUUUGGACCAUGGGCAGAUGCCUGGGUUGGUGAAGCUGGUGGCGCUUACAAUAGUGGUGGCAAAGAUGUAUCUCAUACGUUUGCUAAUGGCUUCUGGUAUUUAGAUCAACUAGGAAUGACUUCAACCUUUAACCACAAGGUGUUCUGUAGACAAGCAUUAAUCGGUGGGAACUAUGCUUUACUUAACACAACUUCCUUUAUUCCAAACCCAGAUUAUUAUGGUGCACUUCUGUGGCAUCGGCUAAUGGGAAAGAAAGUUCUUCGUGUCAAGAAUGAUGGUUCGCCAUACUUGCGGGUUUAUGCUCAUUGUUCUAAACAUAAAGGGAUUACUGUUCUAAUCAUCAACUUGUCCAAGUCAACAACAUUCCAUGUCUCGAUUGUUGAUGACAUGAACAUUUAUCCCAAAAAAGUUGGCGAGAAUUCACAAAGAGAAGAGUACCGUUUGACUCCCAAAGAUGGAAACAUUCAAAGUGAUGUUGUGUUACUGAAUGGCACUCCAUUACAGCUUAGUGACAACAUGGAUGUACCCAAGAUGAAUCCAGUGCUCGUAGAUCCCAAAACUCCAAUCGAAGUUGGUUCGAGAUCAAUUAUCUUUGCAACUUUAAAUGGAUUCAAGGCACCCACAUGUGCAUAA